CAAAGUUUUUCCUAUGUUUUUGGGUAGAAAUUGCGUCCUUUACAUGCAGGAAUGAAUUGUGAUGACUUUACCUGUUUUUUUUUAACACACUCUGCUGCUGAUGCACCCCGUUGCGACCGUCUCUUUCAGGAUCGCUAUAGCGUGCCAUAAAAAGCCACUUUUUUGCACCGAAUGUAAGGGCCCUUUAAAACUCUUCACAACAAAUGGUGAGUUUUGCAACCGUGGUGAGUUUUCACUGCCGGUGUGUUCAAGAAGUUGCUGGCUGGCUGUAAAGAUAUGAUUUAGAAAGCACGUAAUAUUAAGAUUUCUCUGUUGUGGAAGCAAAUACUGUAGUAUCAGGCAACGCUUUGCUGUGGUUACGUACCGGUACUGACAUGAUUCGUGGUUUGACGAUCUUCACGCUGUGUAAACGACGUUUGCCGUUGGUAGGAAGCUCGCGCAAACAAUUCAACUGGGCCAAAUCGCAACUGCAGUUCGCAACGAAAGUACCGCAAAAACCUUGCGAUUCGACGGAGCCUAUCGUACCGACGACACUACAGGAGUCGGACUCGAAGCCUGCUAUUGAUCGUCAGACGGUGCAGCUGCUGGAGCGUCUUUCGCUGGUAGACUUGGAAACAAAUGACGCCCUAGAAACACUGGCAGAUUCCAUCGGUUUCGCCUCACGGAUUUUAGCAAUCGACACGGAAGGUGUCGAACCACUGUACACGGUACUGGAGCAGGAAAAGUUAUCGCUUCGCGAGGAUGUGCUAAAUGAUGGUGACCAGCAGGCGGAAGUGUUGCAGAACGCUGCGGUAACGGAGGAGGAAUACUUUGUGGCUCCACCCGGGAAUAUACCGCUGGAGACGCCAGAAAAUUCUCUUCCGACAACCAACUAG